UGCUAGGGGUGGAACGCAAACCAGCGGUGAGACGCACACGUGAUCCGCGAAGAGGCGCCGCGGUCUCUGCGAACUUUUGGAUUGAGGGGAGAGGCGGCCCAGGAAAAUGGCGCUGGCCUCCAGUCUCUUCCAGUGCGCCGAUCCGAAGAAGUGGCAGCAAGUUUCUGAUAUCUACUGGGAGGUGGUGAAGGCUGUGGGAGCCAAGAAGAAAGGAUUAGUAGACCUGGAUAGAUGGUUCCAGGAGGAGCUGCCGGGGGCCAUCUCUGCACAGCCUAAGAAAUACUUGAAGCAGGAGGAGCUGGUGAAGCUGAUGGAGUGGAAGCUGCUGAGGGGAAAGUUCCGUCCUCGUUUACAGCAGAUGGCGGCAUCCAACCCGGAGAGCACAGUAGAGAGCUGCACCAGGAAAGCCUUCCAGCAUCUCCCCAAUGUCUCUGCCGCUAUAGAAGAACUGUGCCAGCUAAAAGGCAUCGGGCCUGCCACCGCCUCCGCUGUCCUGUGUGCUGGGGCCCCGGAAUCUGCGGCGUUCAUGGCAGAUGAAGCGGUGGAGAGCGUGCCCGGUCUGAUGCCCAUCCAAUACAACCUGAAACAUUACCUGAAAUUUCUGGAGGAGAUUCGCAUGAAGACCGAGGCCUUGAACGCAGAAUCGGAGGAGAAGAAUUGGACCCCUCACCGGGUGGAGCUGUGCCUGUGGGCGUGGAAGGUCGGGCAGAAAAUGUGCCCCAAACUCCUGGAGAGCCUGGAAGAUGGAGACGAGAGACCGGUGAAAAAACGAAAGACAAAGUAGUGAUUGAUUAGAAGAGGCUUUUUUUUUUUUUUUUUUUUUUUACUGCACAAUAAAUCCCUGAAAUUACUAUUGCCUACGGAACUGAUUGGUUGAGUUUUUCUGCAGCUGUAAAAUGGCGCCCUCUGCUGAUUUAUAGGUGCAAUUAAAGAGACGUUGGUGAAGGUUUACUAAAACUAGUGCACACAGAAUCUGGUGCGGCUCUGCAUAGUAACCAGUGGCGGCUGGCGCUC